ACCAACAACUUUAACAUAGUUUUAGAUGACCUAAAAAAGCGCUUUACAAAUAUGGCAGUGUUUUACACGUUCUAUCUUUUAUACCUUCUCAUAGCAACACUCAUUGGUUUGGGAUGUACUUCAAUACGAUAUAAGAAGAGUAAUUAUAGUGUAAACUGCCCGUUGAACGAUGUUAUAGUAAGUGUGUUUGCUGACCCUCCAUAUUCAAGGAACAACAGUACUGAUGGAGUGAUGAGUGACUUCAUUCGUCUCGGAAUUAAGUUGUGUUUUAAGUCCAAAUCCUGUACCAAGACCAAAGAUAUACAAUGGAAGUGGGUACAGUCUGUAGAUGAACUUGAAAGCCUGAUAAAAAACGAGCAAACGAACAUAGCCUUUCCUGUACCACCGUCAUUGUCGUCACGAAGGACUCGCUUCUCUGUUAAAGCUCGAGUCGAAUAUUUCCCGAUAUUACUUUCACCAGGACCAGCUUUAAUAGUGAAUAACCAAGCCUGUCAAAGGAUUUCAAAGCUUCUUUUAGUCAAAUCUAUUCUCUCAGUGUGGCCAAUUUUGCUGCUAACUUUACUUUUGGCAGGGAUAUCGGGAGUUCUUAUUUGGGCAUUGGAGUACCAUAAUAAGCAACGCCAUUUUUCUAAACCAUUCGUCAAGGGAUCAUACGAUGGCUUCUGGUGGGCUGUUGUCUCCAUGACAACAGUUGGAUACGGCGACCAGAUCCCACGUUCCAUAUUUGGUCGUUUAUUCGGCAUUGCUUGGAUCUUGACGGGAGUAACUCUAAUUGCUGUGUUCACGGCAUCAAUCACUAGUGCCAUCACCGUAGUAUCCGUCAAAGGGUCUUGCAAUGAAAUGCAGGGACAACGCAUUGCUGUGAUAAAUAAUUCAGAAACUGAAGUUACUGCACGUCAUCACGGAGCAGUUGUAAAAGCCUACGACGACAUCAUGGCAAUGUUCAGUGACUUGAAGUCAGAGCAAGUAGAUGGUAUAUUAAUGGAUCGCCUCAAAGGUUAUUAUUACCUUAAUAUCAUAGAUGACGAUAUGUUGCGAGUAUCUCGAGCACUACAGAGUUUAAUGCCCUAUAGCGUAGCGGUAGUAACGGGUAACAUGACUGAUAUCAUCACCAAAAAUAGCUGCUUCAUGGAUUUGUUAGCGAACCCAAGAGGAAAGAUUAAUCGAAUGAUGAAGAGGUACAUAGUCCCUGUAAAGCCCAUGACGUCCAAUGAAGAUACAAUCGGUCUUUUUAGCAGUGGUUCUGGUGCACUGACCAACACAAUAUUGACGAUAACAUCCCUAUUGGUUAUUCUUUUGUUAUGUGGUUGUGCAUGGGAUCGACUGUAUAAAACAAACAACUGCUUUUCGUCUACAGGCGUUCCUCGUCAGAUGCUUACGAACACCAAUGAUAUCGCCAUGGUAAACCAGUCAAGUGUUGAUCAACUCGCUCAAAUUCAGUCGGCUUUGAACAGCUUAAAUGAGCAAAUUCUUGAAGUUAAAGUAAUGGUUGGAGGUAAAGCACAAGAAAAAGAACCUUAGAUUAAGAGAUACUUUGGAUUUCAAGAUACGAAGCAGUUAGAAGUUUGUUUACCAUCCAGCAGCCUUCCCCAAGGGACCUUGAGCUGAAUUGAUUCGUUAUCGAAGUCAUACAUCAGUACUUGACUGUUCGUUGCAGAAGGCUUAUUUCAAUCUCAAAUGAAAACGUCUUUGAGAGCUUCGUGUGCAUUAUUUUUUAUUUAACUCCCUGGCAUUAAUGAUAUUACGAAAGUAUGUAUACUAUAAGACUUUACAGCUUGCAUUGCAUUUAGUUUAGGGCAUCCAAAAUAAGAAGCAUUGUGAAUAGUAUAUACGAUAGAAAUGAACUCUUAGUUUAAACAUGAAAUAUAAAAAAUAUGAAAUAUAUUUUUGAACCACGGAAUGGCUAUUGCACAGGUGAAUUUCAAGAGGUCAAUCAAAAAAUGAAGGGAAUUAGGGGCAUACAUCUAAACAUAAAUAAUCGAGGUGUUCAAAAUGGCUUUUUUYCCAUGCAAAACUACUUGAUACCUUAACACUAACUUUUGUGUUUUUAAUGAGAAUAAUAAAAUAAUAAGAAAGACUAGUCUUUUCACAUUAUUUUGGAUCUUGAAAUGACCUACAGUAUCUCGUAUCACUUUAAUAAAUAUCACCUUAACCUCUUUUAGAGUGAAGUCAUUAAACCCGUGAAAUAGAUAUUAGACUAAUACACUUUAUAGACCCUAAAUCCAUUGUUUUCUUUUGUGUCUAUUUGAGUAUUACACGUUGACUAACGUUUUUUAUUUCACGGGUUAAUUGCUUUCACUCUAGCUCUGACAAUCUUUUUUGAAAUACAUUUAGGUGUAAAAUGAUUUGAAAGAAGGAAGGCAAGUUAUUCCAGCUAUUACUGGAUCUUAACAUGACCUGUCUCCUAUUGCUCCUAUUGAUCCUAUCCUAUUGAAUUAUUGCCUAACACCUAUUCCCACCUAUCUCCUUUGGCUUCAAAAACCUUUUUAAUAGGUGUAUUUGACUAAUAAGAUUGUAGAAUGUAACUAAAGUCCUUUGUUUCUUAUGACAGUCCUUGCAGAAUUGUCUCAAACGUUUAGUUUCCUAGUAAAUUUAUUAUAUAAGAUUAUUACAAGUUAAAAGUCGAAUCCUAAAUAUGCAAGUGCCAUGAAUACUGUGUACAGCAACAAGAGAAAGCCUCCAAGAACCCACCAGACGCUGUACAAACCUGAAAACGAAAACAAACAAAAAAAAUCAUAAAAGAAAAGGUAGGGUGUGUCCUCUUAUUUACCAUGAUAUGACGUCAACAGUUGGUCCAAAAUGUUAUGAACUCAUGAGGGGUAGCCAACUGAUCUAGGUGUCUAAUUUUGACCAACUGUUAAAAUCAUAUCCAGGUCUGUCGCUAGCACCUUGAAAGUUCGUUUUUCUACCAAUCAUAGUUACGCCAUUCGUUGAAAACCUAAAAUAUUAUUUUGUACUCCUACAUAGGCGAAAGGGGCGUGUUUCAAUGUAAGGGGGGGUCAAGGUACAUCCCCCAUUGAAAAUCAAACAAAAAUAAUUUCAAACCUGAGAAAGUGUCAAUGGGAUAGGAAUGGGAUAGGAGGAUCUUACCUUUAUUUGCCACUAGUGUAACUUUACAUGUGUUGUCUGCAGAAAUGCUAAGAAGAGCUACUUCUGUAUUCAAAUCAUUGUUAAUGAGCUUUGACUGAGGAAGGAAUCUAAGUCCAGUGACAAAGAUAUUGUGCACUUCCUGGAGCUUGAUGAUUGGCUGUGAAUGAAAUACAACGAUACAUUAUGUAUAGAGGCUUUGCACCAUCACAAGAUGGUAGCCAUGACAGGGGGCACAACAAUAGAGCAUUUUCCCUCUGGGAAACUGAAUCCUUUCUAAUGUAAAUCAGAUUAGACCAGAAUCAAUUGUUCCUGUCUGCUGUCAUGGCUGUCGUCACGUGAUGGUGCAAAGCCUCUAUAGACCUCAAGCCAAGGUGUGGCAUAACAGAUUAUUUUUUUUACACUUUUUGUAAUGUGUCAUUCUCUUGAGUAUCAUUUCCUAGUUUAACAAUUGCGCAUGAGAAGACACAUGAAUGCAGAUACAACUCAAACAAAGAAUCUCAUUCUCAAGGGAAUGACAUGGUGUGAAAUGGGUAAACAUUAUGCCCAAGCUAAAAAGGUAUAUUGAACAAGCAGGGUACAAUAGGAGAAUUAGAAAAAUGAAAAACUAUUGCACUGUAGUUUUACUUGUUUUUCCUAUAAUUCUGAAAGUUACCAUUAAAUUCCAUGCUACGUAAACUGCAAUACCACCAUCUGAGGUUCCAACGCCUAUGUAAAUUCCAUCAUUACUGAGGAAAAAUAUGACAGGAAAUUUCAAUAUGGUGGUUAACGUCAAUGUUGAAUUGAAAUAAAAUUAGGAGUCGUAAA